GGGCAAUGUUCAUUCUGCUUUCCCUGAACAGGGAGAAAGAACGUUGAAAAUUUUUCUAAUACUGUCAAAUUUCUUUAGAUGACUUUGAGCCUAAAGUCCUUGAAUUGAGAUUCACAAUCUAUUGAGAAAAAUUGAGAGUUUGUUAUAACUUGAUAAACGUCAUUGUUAAACGAGUAAGUCAAAGGAAAGGCGGAAUUUAUGUAAAAUUUUGAAUAGGUAUUGUGGUAUGAAGAGAAGAUAAAAUAUUCAAGGAUUAUCAGUAAAAAGAAAUAAAAGCGUUCGUUGUUCAUAUUUGAGUAAAUUUUCAUAGAUAAAGUACUUUUAAGAGCAGAUAACCUAUAUAGUUACGUCGUUUUAUAGUAAACUAUGUUUUUGGUACCAGUUACGCUAUUGAAAAAAGGUGUCAACCUCCUAAAGAGUAACAGAAAGUAUUCAACAUUUCGGCGUGGGGUGAACUUUUUUUUUAAAAAGAAUUUAUUAGUUACCAAUAGUGUAACUUCUGGAGGCUUCAUGGCUAUUGGUGACCUUAUCCAACAAGAAUUCGAAUAUCAGUCUCAUGUUCAAUUAAAACGAUACGAUUGGGGCCGUUUGUCAAGAAUGUUCAUUGUUGGAACUUUGAUGGGACCAAUGCAUCAUUAUUAUUAUAUUUACUUAGAUAAAGUUCUCCCAAAAGUUGAUGUAAAAACUGCUAUAAAAAAAAUUAUGUGUGAUCAGUUAUUCGCAUCACCAGCUACUAUACUUUGCUUCUUCUAUGGAAUGGGAAUUUUAGAAUCAAAGUCCUUUAAACAGAGUACCUUAGAAAUAGUGGAUAAGUUCAAAUAUGUGUAUACAGCAGACUGUUUAUAUUGGCCACCAGUACAAUUUGUCAAUUUCUACUUCUUGCCUACAGAAUAUAGAGUUUUUUAUAUAAACUUUGCCACAAUGAUAUUCAAUAUAUUUUUAUCUUAUAUGAAACAUUAUGACCAACACUAAGACAAUAUUUAAAGCUUUGAUAUAUUUUCACUUAUUUAUUUAGGUACCUAUUUUUAGAUUCAUGGUUAUUGUAAUUGCAAAUGUAAAUAGUUUAAAAAUAUAUUGUAAAUAUUAGAAAAAGUGCUUUUAACUAUUUGUGUAUUUCUUUUGACUAUUAUGUUUUAAUAUGGAAUUUCAUUAACAAGAGAAUUUUAAAAAGGAGGCAUGUUAUCUUAUUUACAAUAAAUAUUAUAAUCAAUUAAAAAUUACUUGUACAUGUAUCAAGCGCAGAUCUCUGCACUGCACAAGGCUAGAAAAAUUGGUUUAAAAAAACUUAAAAAUCUAUAAAUGAGGUAAUAAAAAAUUUACUUUGAAUAGUUAUUUCAUAAUGUGGUUGUGAUAUUAAUGUACCUUUAACAGUAACUUGUAAUUUGUUUAUUAAAUAAAUGAUAGUCAUGUUCAUAAAUAGAUUUUAAUAUACUAAAUAUGUCCCAAAUAAAGUAUGUACCUAAUGGUAACAUAAUAUAAAAUAACUAUAUUCACAAACUAUUUUUGUUAAGGCUUCAUUUACUUCCGACUAGUGUCAUAUGAUGCCAGCCUCAUGGGAACUUUUAGCCCAAUAAAUUAAAUUUGUUUUUUUUUUAACUGUAUUACUUUGUAUUGCACAUAUAUAUUAUUAUUAUCUCUUCUAUAAUUUAUCGCUCAUUGGUUUGUCUGGAAGAAAUUGCUGAUCAGCUAUAAGAUCACCUAUUGAGCAAAUGGGGAAGAAAACGCAAAGUUAAUGACAGAUGGCAUCUGUCUGAGCCAUGUGGCCAACAGAACAAAAAAAAGGAAGAAGAAGCAUCAUGUUGCUUAUGAACUAUUAACAAUAUUCAGUUCUUUGUUAUGUGUAUCUUGUGAUUUUUCUUUUGAAAAAUGUAACACUGAACAUUAAAUGAAACAUGCAAUUUUGCUAUUUAAGAUCCCGAAGAAGAAGAAUCGCAUGUGAAGUUUAGUAAUUUAAAGGCAAUUAAAUACUUCAGUACUUAUGCAAAUAUUUUAUUUUCAAUCACAUUACACUGUUUAGCCCCAACACAUUGUCCAAUCAUCUUUUCUUGUUUGAAGUUUCACGACAAUGCGAUAUAGAGAUAAUGCUGGGCCUAAGGGUAGACCUAGACCUUGUACAAUGUCUGCUCUCCUAGCCAUGCUCAAAGCUUGCCCAUCAAAUUCCUGUUCUUUUAAUAUUGGGGCAACCUCAGGAUAAUUUUCCAUGAAGUAAUUAUGCACUUCAUCAGUAGUCCAAUUUGUAAUAUCUGGUAUAUUUGGGUCAAUAGGUACUUCCUCUUUCAACUUCGAAGGAGCCCUAUCUAGCUCAUGAGGUUUUAAAAAUGGAUCUAUGGAAAGAGAGUGUUGCUUCUCAAAAUCUAUGCUACUGGGAAUUAUAGCAGGUGAUCCUACAACUGUAGGACGUGAUUCCAAACAAUUGUUACAUUCCCACUGAUCCCAAGCUUUCAAACGCUCUGGUAUACGAGGGAUGUGACAAAGUGCAUGAUAUGAAUCUGAACAAAUACUGCACACUGUUAAAAUACCUGCAUCAUUUGUUUCACAACAAACAACACAAGUCUUACAGUGAGGACACUGCCAAGUGUUAUCUGGACGAGGCUUUAAAAUGCCAGAUCCUGACUGUAGGCAACUUAAAUGAGCCUUAUUGUUACAAUCUCGACACUCCACUAGUCUGUCAUUUGAACCCCUGGGUUUUUGGAUGAGACAAACUGAACAUACACCUCCUGAAGUCUCAUGUGGUAUUGGCUCUUCAUGUUCAAUUUCAUCACCACUUCCAUCAGGAGACAUCUGACCUUCUGAUAUGGGUGUACCUUCUUUGUCUAGUUUUUGGUUUCCACCAAGCAAUCUUUUUUUAAUUGUGCUCUUGUUCAGAGAACCAACAGGCCUUCCUCUUUUUCUCUUACUUGGUACAUUGUUAUCAGAAGGAUCAAAUACUUUCUUUGCCAUUUUACGUCUUUCACCAACUCUGACUGCAGCAUUUCGGGUGUUAUUAUUAGUAGGCCCAUGGCCUGUUGAUCCUCCACCCCUUUUUUUUGGUCUUCCUCUCAUUCGCUGAGGUGAUGAUCGACAUGAUGAAUUAGCAGAUGAUGUCAUCUUUGUGUUAGAGUCGACAUUGUAUUCAAAUUUAAAACUGUCUGAACUAUCCCCAUCAUGGUCAGCAGGGCCAAGAGCCAAAUUACCAUUUGGUAAUUUUACUAGACUACCAGAUACAAGUUCCUUAUGCACCAUAGUCUCCAGUUGCUUUUUAGUAAAUUUAGAAUCUUGAGAUACAGCAGCUUUAAUAAGAUCUUCAAAUGCUAUUCCAUUUUCUAAAUAACUUUGAUCUUGAUAAAUUAAUGUAGCAAUAGCUGAAGUUAUUAUCCUCCUUUCAUUAGUUGCAAUAGUUGAUGCCAUUUUGCUAUUCAGAUUAGUCUUUUUUCGCCACUUCGCAGCGUUCCUGUAGCUUACAUUAUCUUUGUAGUCAACUUUAAAUAUACUUUUUUCUUUGAGACAACGUUUAAGGUCUGCUUUUGUGUCCUUUGGAGAAACUUUAUAACGCUUUAGCAUAAACUUACAAAUUCGGUUAAUGUCUGGCCUCGACUUACGAGCACGUAAAUGAUCUAUCGCAGCCAAAAUUUGGUAUUUAUGCUUUAUUUCUGACAUGU